CACAGGGGCAAGCACCAUGAUCAACGGUUGGAACAUUUUGUCUUCCAAGUUCAAUUGAUCGGUGUGUCGAUGAUGGUGAUGAAGAAGCUUGCAAGAAAGCUUAGGAGAAAUUCCCGAGAAUUUGAUGAUGAGAACUUCUCUCUCCCCACUCUUGACGAUUCUCGUCCCAUCGAUUCUCAAGAGCAAGAGGAACUAGUUCGAUCGUUGGAAAGGAGUCAAGCUCAGCAGAGUCUUUUAUGGAGGAGUGUUUUUGCGGUGUUUCUCUUUAGUUUCGCGGCAUUUCUCGUCUACUCCAUAUUUCAGCAGGUUUCAUCGCCAUGGGAACUGCGUUAUCAUGCUUACUUCAUGGAGGAGAUUGACUCAUCGAUGAUCAUUUUUGCAGAUUGGGUAGCUGUCUUAGCAUGUUCAAUGGCCAUCAUUGGAUUACUUCAUAAGUCAAAGUCUCACAGGUGGUUGAUUUGGUACUCCUGCUCUGCUGGCAUUAUCCUGGCCAUUUUCUGGUUAUAUUACAUGCUCAGACUGCCAAAGUUCCGGUGGGAUGUUAUCUGGCUGCCAUUCGGACCUUUGGGUGGAGCUGCACUCAGCCUCUAUGUGGACCAUCUACUCGAUGAGUCAUCAGAAGAAGUAAGAAAACUUCGCAGCUACAUGUAUGCCUACAAAGCCAGCUAAAGAUUCUCAUCCUCUGCAUCUUCUGGUUGAUUGGAGAUAAAACAGCAUAUACAGAAUUUCAAGCUGGAUUGCAGUCCAGAAAUAGGAAAAAUUUUGGAUGGGCGAUUCUAUAGUGAAAGGGUCUGAUAUGCGAUGGUUAGUUACCCUGUGUAGGAGUUCCCUAUCCUAGCCUUUACAAACAAAAGCAUGCAACAGAGGGAGCUACUAUACCGAUGAAUUUGCCACUUAUUUUGUAUGCCUUGCCAGGAGGAUAAUUACUAUUACUGCUCCAUAGUUUUUUUGGCUUUGAUAUAAUCACAGGGGUGGUUGCUAGCCAUUGCUGGAUAUUUAUUUUAUUUUUUAAAAUUUAAUUGGAUCAGUGUGUGGCUCAUCAAUUAGGUUUUUGA